UGUCGAAACAUUAAGCGAUAUGUUGAAUUGGUGCGCGAUGUCGGCCGUGCGGGUGAGGAUCUUCUUCAGCGUUGCCUUUUUGAGCUGGUCCAUCUGCUGGAGUCCCCGGAACACGCUCACUUGACUGGCCGCCCACCUGACGUGCAGUUCGAGCAGCCGGUCAAGUCCGUACUGUUGAGCGCGGGGCUGCCGGGUCAAGUGGCACUCACAAUCCUCCUUGAGCUUCGGGGGCAGCUGGUACUUGUCCGCGAAGUGGAGGAGCGCCAGCGCGUUGUCAUCAUCGACGACCACACGACAAAAGGGGUAGAAGUAGGAGAGCAUCUGGCCGAAGGCGUGAGAGUGGUUGGAAUCCUCCUCCACGAUCUGGACGGUGGCCGAGCUGGUCUCCCGCAUGCCGUUGGUCAGCAUCGCCUCAAACACUGGCGAGGAGAGCUUGAGCAGGAAGCGGUGAACGUGGAAGUUGGUCUGAUUGUUGAGCCGGAUCGUCAGGUCGCCGUGCGCCGGGUCUUUGAGUUGCUCUGCGUAGGGCAGCUGCUUCAUGACCUUAAGUAA